UACAUUAUGUGCGCUGUGACAAAGACACAAGCAUAAAAAGCAACAGGGAGGAGCAUCAAGGGAGUACGAAUGUGUCUCUUCUGACGCUAUCGCUUCGUCCUCCCUCCUCCUUGUUCCUCAUGUGCACCACCCUAAGGUCAAGAUACUGUCGGUCCUGCCUACUGAAUCUAUUUGCAUGAGGUGCUAAAAAAAAAAAGGAGUCUGGCCAAGCAGGUUCAGUGAUAUCAGCCAACGGACACAGACGAGGGAUCACCUACAGCUACUACACACAACCACACCCACACACCUGAGGAUCCAGCUCUGAGUGUGCAGAGCAAAAGAGGACCAUCACCGGGACAGCGGUGCAACUGAAUCCUCAAAACUCCCCGAGGGGGAUCUCAGAAGCUGUUUGACUUUUGCUCCACAAAGAUGUCUUUUUGAAGAACAAAAGAAAAAAGACUAAGAAGACAAGCAGAGGAUCUGCUCAGCAUCUUCAAGGUCGUCCAGAAAAUCAGGCAAAGCAAGAGAGGAGACAGAACAGGCCGGAGAGGACGCUUCUUCAAAAUGGAACAAACUACUCAGAUCUGGCACAUGCAAGUCAGCCCUCCUGAUGUGCCUGGAGAGCAGCAGAAGAAAGUAUCAGUCAGCGGCCAGCUGGAGUGUUCCAUUUGCUACAACACCUAUGACAACGUCUUCAAAACUCCCAAGCUGCUGGCCUGCACUCACACUUUCUGUCUGGAGUGCCUCUCUCGUAUCAUGGCGUUCUCUGCGGUUGACCAGGAGGGCAACAGCGGAAGCACACGUCUUUUUUGCCCCCUUUGCCGCCAUCCCACCACGCUGCCUGAGGAGGGCCCGCCGGCUCUGGCCACCAGCCAUGAGGUCCUCUGUAAGCUGCCCAGCCACCAACAGCAAGAGGAGCCGGUGUGGCUGGAGGGAGAGAAGCUGUGCUACAAAAGUCCCAGUCGCGAGGGCGGCUCGAACGCUCCCGAUAAUCCCAGUGCCUUCUGCAUCUGCAUCAACAUUGGUGCCAACAAGCCGGUGGAAUCCCCGAUGCACACUCAGUCUCGUACUUUUGGCAGGCUGAGCCGGGUGUCAGACUGGAAACGGUUGGUGCUCUUCAUUUUCCUCAUGGUGGUGCUUGUUGUGGUUGUUUUGUGGCCACUGCAUUGUGUGUUCAGCACAGGGAGCAUGCGCUGUCUGCAAGAAUCCAGCUCCCCCACACCCACCACCACCACUGCCACUCCGACCAUCGCAUUUGCCAAGCACGCAGACAGUCCAAAGUAAACUCGAACAGUAAAAUGACUUUAACUGGAUAUAAAAGCUAUGACUAUUUAAGAUAUUUGGCACUGUAAAUUGCAUGGAUAUGAAACUCCCAUGUCUCAAAGUGCAUAGCACAAAUGGACGUUCCCCAAUCAGAGAGGGCGCCAUCACAUCCUUAUGCUGCGUUCAAGAUGAAGGUAUACCCGAAGAACUCAAGUUGGUAAUUUUGUGGAACACACUGAAAAUUGCAGGCUAGAUCUAGGAAAAAAGGUUAAAAAUAAGGGUGGGUGGGUGUAACUGAAUCACAUUCUAAAAGUCCUCAAAAAUCCCCCUUGUGGCUUUUCAAAAUCCAAUAUGGCACCCAACAUGUCCGCCACUUCACUUAUUUUUUUACUUAUCUUUUCUUCUGUAAAGAUUAAACAAAAUUUAAAUGUCUAAAUGUGCAUAUUAAGACAUGAGUAACUGUUUACAAUCAUUAUCUCAAGUUAUUAUAAAUGUCAAAAACUAAGAUGUUGGUCAUACUGGAGUCCAAAGUGGCCGAUAUUGUUUAGUUUGCAGUUUUACAUAUUUUUCUGGACCCAUCCUGACAAUCUCAGCUGGUUACAGAAACUUUCCAUUAUUUGGUCAUUUUUGAGCAGAUGCUGUUGGACUAGUUAAGAACAUUUGAGUUCUGAAAAAGUGUGCGUUCAUUUGACCAACUUAACCACAUUCAGAAUGUUGUUGGCUUUACAAAGAAUGCAUAAGUAAGUCAGAUCAGCACACUGCAUUUCUAUUUGUAGUCUUCCAUCAGAUAAUGCUGGAAACGUCAUUAUUACCAUAUUUUCUGGAGUAUAAGUCACGAGGCACUUUACUGUUUUGGUUGGCCUUGCGACUUAUACUCAGGUGCGAUUUAUAUCCCCAAAAAAUCAUGCAUUUGUUAUUCAUAAUAAUAAUUAUAAUAACUAUUUACAUAGGACUUUCACAGGAAUGAAAACAUGAAACAAAAUAAACUCCAAUAUUAAAAUAACAAAUGCUAACAACAACAACAACAACAACAAGAGCAAUCCCACAUUUCUGACGUCAGACAAUCUGGAUCUGGAGUCUUCCAUGCUCUAAUAUCUGUCUGUGGUGCAAAUGUGGUGAGAAUCUGUGCAGUAAUUUUGACAUAAUUCUACUAACAGAUAAACAAAUAAACAAAUAAAUAAAUGCUGGUGAAUUGAUUAUGUCCUUAGCAGAUGUAAUAAUCAUAAUAAUGACAACAGCAAUGCACAAAAAUCCCAAAUUGAGUUGGUAAUACAGAAAAAGUGUGACUUAUACUACAUAAAACGCCGUAUAUAAAGAAUGCAAUCAUACAAAAGUCAAUGAUUUGCUGAAAGUAAUUAAAUAAUAUUUGUAAUAUUUCUGUAUUUAAUUAAUAAAUUGGAAAACUGAAUUUCAGCAGCCAUUUCAGAGAGACAAAGAAAAAAAAAUCCCGUCUGACCUCAUGUACAAAUCUUUUUGUCCAAGUUGGAGUUCAGAAUUUCUCUUGUUCAGAUGUCAUGAAUGUAGCAUUAAUCUUGGGUUCUCCCAAGUGUGGCAUGAAAGCAUCAUGUAAAAUCCAAUUUCCAUCAGGAGUGUCCCGUGUUCUGCACACACGCAGAGGCUGCACAGUCCUCGACCUGAUUCCUAAACGCAGUGACCACGAAAGGCUCAUUUACAGAUGGAACCUUCUGUCCGCACUCUGCAUUCAUAUUUGUCUGUUUCCUCAAAGAUUAUGGAUGAAACAGAGCAACAUCACUGCAAACUGUGGGGACAGUGCAGCCAAAACUCAAGAGCAACACAACCACAAAGCAAAAGGACAUGAAGAAGACCAUGAACAAGUGUGGAGUAUUUUGAUGAUAGAACUUUUACUCACUGAAGCUGAGGUUUUCCACCUCUGCACAGGUGGGGAUCAGCCAGUAAUGAGAUGGCACAGGCCUGGGUUUGCUCAGCAGGUGUCAGCAGCAGCAGAUUUAGUGACUGCUGCCCUACAUUUCACCAUUUAAGGAGAAAAAAUGGAUACCAGAAAGAAAGAAAAUCGUCUGAGA